AUGGCUUCUCAUCUCAUCAUCAGCACCAGCACCAGCACGAGCACCAUGAUCACUGAAGCGCAACAGUCUUCAAUGAACCAAGAUACAUUUACCGAUAUAAACAGAAAGCACUGGGAUCAGGCUGCUUCUACCUACUCUAGCGCGCAAUGGCAGAAGAACUUUAUUAACCAAACCCACGCUUUCAUCUUGUCGAACCUGAAUUGGAUCGGUGUCGACUUUGCAGAUCCGUCGGAAGGCUUCGAGGAAGGUGCACCGCAACCGCGUCAGGUCAGAGUACUUGAUUACGCCUGUGGACCCGGGACCAUUACAAGCGCUCUCCAGGGCCAUGCUACCGAGUUCGUAGGUGUUGACCUCAGCGAGAACAUGGUGAAAGCGUACAACGAGAAAUUUACAGCAUCCGAUCAGCAAGGUGGCACCAUCACCCAAACGGCACAGGCGUUCGUGGGAAAUCUCCUGGAUAACAAUGGUCCAUCAGAAUCUGUCUCUGGAACACAAUUCUUCAACUUCGACCUUGCUGUUGUUGGCUAUGGCUUCCACCAUUUCGAAAAUCUGGAGGUCGCAACUUCACGGCUGGCUGCCAGGCUGAAGCCUGGCGGAGUGCUGCUGAUUGUUGACUUCAUGACCCAUGGCAAGUUGGAGGCUGGACAUCCUGCCAAGAACACAAUUGCCCAUCACGGUUUCGGAGAAGACGAGGUGAAGUCGCUGUUUGGAAAAGCUGGCCUUGUGGAUGUUGAUGUUGUGAAGAUGGAGGGCACCAUUGAGAUAAAGAAGCAUGGAGCCAAGGAUGACGAGCCUGGACAGAAGAGGGAAGUUUUUCUGGGGAGAGGUAGGAAGCCAGCGUCGAGCUCUGGAGCUACCAAGAAAGAAGAAGAGUACUUACCGAAGCAGAUCAAGGAGCGUUGA